GUUUAUCUCCAAGGAGAUACGUUCGAGUUCGCUUAACUGUGUCAACUGAGCAAAAAGGCGAAAGACAGCAAGUUCUGCAACAAUCACUAACAGUAGCCUAAUAAAACAUGGAUGAAUAUAUUUUAAGUUUGGAAACAAAUGUGACUUGUAACAAACCAGAAGUAGUUCUCACUAUUUUACACUUCAAUGAUGUGUACGAAAUAGAAGCAAGACCAGAAGAACCCGCUGGCGGUGCUGCAAGGUUUGCCACUGCUCUAAAAGUAUUCCAGUCGCUGAAUCCUUUACUAGUUUUCAGUGGUGACUGUUUGAGCCCUUCUUUGCUAAGCACAGUCACCAAGGGAAAGCACAUGGUAGAUGUUCUAAAUAAAUUAGGAGUCCAUUGUGCGGUGUAUGGAAAUCAUGAGUUUGAUUUCGGCGUGGACCACUUGGAAGAGCAGACAAAAAAUAUGACCUUCCCAUGGUUCCUCAGCAAUGUGUACGACAGGUUCACCCAUGAAACGUUGGGCCAUGGCAUGGUCAGCAGCAUCCUGGAGUGGAACAGCCUAAAGAUCGGUGUCAUGGGCCUGGUAGAGGAGGACUGGCUGGAUACCCUGGGCACUGUGGACAAGAACAACAUCCACUACACAGACUAUGUGGAGACAGCUGAUCGCCUUUCUGCUGAGCUGAGGGACAAAGGGGCUGACCUGGUCAUCGCAGUCACACACAUGAGGUGGCGUAAUGACAUCAGGCUAGCAUCCGAGUCCAACGGUGUGGAUCUCAUCCUGGGAGGACAUGACCAUGAGUACGGGGUUCUGGAGGUCAAUGGGAUUCUGAUCGUAAAGAGUGGCUCAGAGUUCAGGUACCUGUCAAAGAUUGACGUUGUGAAGGACCAGGAUGGGACGUUCAAGUACACCUGUGAAAAGAGAGCUACAAUGAGAGACCUUGAGGAAGAUGCAGAAAUCAAACAGAUUGUGAAAGGAUACACUGAUAAUAUGCAGCAUAUGCUUGGAGAGGUCCUGUGCCACACAGAGGUGACCUUGGAUGGACGCUGCACCACCGUGAGACGAGCAGAGUGCAACCUGGGUAAUCUGAUCACCAACGCUAUGCUGGAGGCCACUCAUGCUGAGGCGGCGAUUUUAAACUCAGGUACUCUGCGUUCUGACCGCUUGCACCCGGCAGGUCCCCUGACCAUGCAUGACCUGCUGCAGAUCCUGCCACUAAAGGACCCAGUGCUGGUGGUGGAGGCCACGGGGCAGCAGCUCUACGAAGGCCUGGAGAACGGGGUCAGCAUCUACCCUGAUUUAGAUGGAAGAUUUCCCCAGGUUUCAGGGAUCCAGUUUGGCUUUGAUCCCAAUGGAAAACCUGGCCACAGAGUCAUCGCUAAGACAGUGAAGGUUCAAGGCAAGAGUCUAGAUAGAGACAGAAAGUAUGCGGUGGCCAUGAAAGAAUUCUUAACUAAGGGCAAAGAUGGCUACACUAUGUUCAGUAGCUGUCCUCACAGGCACGACAUAGAGAAUGCUCAGAUCCUGUCGACCAUCCUCAUCAACCACUUUGAGUCUGGCCAGAUCGUCAGAGGCACCAAGAGGUGCAUGUCUGGCCACAGGAUGGGCCUCAUCAAGGUGUCCAGCAGCCCCUCUGUGUCUGCCAUUGAAAGUACCAAGAGUGAGAAUCUGGAGGGAGAGGAGGUGGGUGUGGCUGUGGUGCCCGGAGUGGAGGGCAGGAUAUUCCAUGUCCACCCUGAGGGCCAAUCAGAAACAGAAGGCUAACAGAGAAUUUCACAGAGCAACUCAGCCAUGACUCUAUAGUCACAGUGUAAGCCAGGGGAAAUUUCAUCAAGUUUCACAUCUCUCAUCUGCCUCUUGCUUUUUAUCAGCCUUAUAAACAGGCGGACUGUCAAUGAACGCUCAGACAGCAACAUGUGAUUAAGUAAUCCAUUACUUGUAGUACUGUUGAAGCAAUCCAGCAGCAAGCAGUCCUUGAAGAUGUAAAUACAAUUUAUUGACACGACUCAAAAUUACACCACAUUUUAUCCCCUUGUCAAUACAGUUGAAUAUUGACAACUAAUAUAUUACAGAAUCUUUAUUUAUUUUGAAUGAUCAUUUUGUGGCAUAUAUGGUGGCGAUGUAUAAGGAUUUGAACGGAGAAGGAGGAAUAGUGUACAUGUGUUCAUGACAACAUUAUAGUAAAAAGGAAAUGAAUUGAAGAAAACUCACCACUGUGUUGUUGUGUUAAAACCACCCCUGACUUGAUGUUUUCCUUUUAAAUGAGAUAGUCUCAGUCAAUGUGCAAGGCCAAUGUUUUUCAUAGCCAAUUCAAUCUUGACAACAUCCCAGUGUUGGGUGAAUGAAUCAGUGAUUCCCUGCUUCUACUGUUGAAAGAACCCUACUGUAACGGAGGAUAAUGUGGGGUAUUAUAUGGCCUAUACUGUUUGGGGACUUUCUGGUCAUGCUCCAGGGCUUGACAUUAUUUCUUUUUGCCACUUGUCCUUUGGACAAGUAGGACAGAAUUUGUAGUUGUCCAAAAGCUCAAGGGACUUGUCCAAAAAUAAAAAUACAUCUGUAACACCAUAUUAAGUGUUUAUAAAUACAAAUAAUUCCGUCAACAUUUCCAUGGUGGUAUUUUGGCUAGGCUAGGCUACUUUGAAACAAGGAAAGACAUGCUUCAUAAAAUUGCAUAAAACAUCCAGGUUUUAAACAAUCAAGUUUAUGGUUAAGUAGUUUCAAAAUGCUGACCGUCUUUGCUCAGAUUCAAGGUGGGUGAUGUGCAGCUUGCAACAGGCCCUGUCCUUCACUCUCUGGUUUUGUGACAAUUUGAUCUGAAGGAACCGUGUCUCAAGUAUGUCGACAGAAUCAAGCCUUUAGACGUUAAUGCUAAUUAUCCUUCAUUAUAUUUGUCAAACAUGACUGGCCUUCAGACUAUAUUUCUGUAUCAUAACUUGAAUGACUUUUUCUGGCAUUGGUUUGGACAAUAUGCAUAUCUAAACCUUGACAUGUAGGCAUUUUUAUUUAUGUACAUGAAAUUAUUUUAUUUAAAUAUUAUUCCAAUGUUGGCCUCUGAUGUUGUCAAUUUUGUGUUUGUUUUUUUACUUGUCCAUUCGGACAACUUAAAUCUAUAUUCUUGUCAGAAAUGUUUUUGUUACUUGUCCCGGACAAGAGGACAAGCGUUAAUGUCCAUCCCUGGUUAGUCUUUACAUUUAGGGACUCUGUGACUUUCAUCUUUUUAUUCUUUUGAAUAAAAUAAAACCCAGGAAAACUAUGUGGCUGGUACAAAUCAGCUGUACAAUACUCUUAACAGCGCAAUAGAUGAUUUCAACUGUACAAUACUCUUAACAGCACAGUAGCUGAUUUCAAGCAAUGCCACUGUGAAUACUUUGAAUUGGAACGACUACAGACCCAAGGAGUGCUCUGAUGCUGGAACUAAAUAGUAAAACUUACACAAUUACCAUGAGAGGCAUUCAGAGCAGAAGUGAAUGAAUUGGAUUCACAAUUCACUUCAAAGACACACUGCUGAGCAACCCAUUUUCUAAAUGGAGGAGUAGAGGAAACGCAGAAUUCUAUAUUUAAAAAAAUAUAUAAUAAUACAGUUUUCUGUACAUAUCAGUGAAACAAACCAUUACAAAGGCUUGAGCAGAGUUCUACUUCUGUCAGGAGUGAAGGCGGCUUACAAAUUAUUUCUAUUGCCAAUCACACUGAAGACUUAGAAUCAAUCCAGGUACCUUUUUGUUGUUGCUUAUUUCCAUGAAACUUGAAGCAGUGCCUUAAUGAUAUUAUAGGUCGACUGUGUCCAGAUCAUGUGAUUCCCCAAUGCCCAUGUAUGGUACCAUGUUUCCUCAAUUCAAUAGGGAUCAGCUGGAACGCUGUUGGUUGUAUUCUACCAAGCACAUCUCCAAUGUGUCUGUGAAUUACUCUGCCUCCUCUCCUUCUUUAACCCCCUCCCUUCCUCUCUCCAUCCAUCUACCCAUCUAUCCAUCCAUCUUCAGAAGGCAGGGAAGAAGAAGUAGCAGAGAAAGAUGAUGAAGCCGAUGACCCAGUUGACAGAGUAGAUAUACUGUAUAUAAUGACCAUGUCCAUGUUGAAGCGCCAGCCGCGAGAAUCGUUCUCAAAGUCCGUGGUGUCCCCCAGUUCCGUGGGGGAACUGACACCUGGCUAUCGCACUAGCUUGCCUUUGGAAACCUGGAGAGG